AAAGUAAAAACGUGUUCAAACAUCAGUGAGGUUACGAAUGUUGAAGAGGCUAUUGAAUCAGCUGAAACACAGUAUUUCGUUCACAUAUUUUUACACAAUGAAAGAACACCUCAGCAAUGAUGUUUUUAUGUCUGAGCUCACUCUAAUGUUUCAUCAUGCUCGGGACAAAGGAACUGUCACUCUCAGCAUUAAAAGAUAUGAUGGCCGUAAGGUUCCCAUUCCUAAGACAAGGACAAAGAAGGGCAAGAUUGUCAAAGUUGCUGAACCUCUUCCCGAGCCAGAAACCUUCAGUUGUCUCCUACGAGCUAGACAUCAUAGCAAAACCAUCAGUUCUGUUGUUAAAGCCAGUGAGGUGGUCAAAUACCAAGCCCAGUUUGCUCAGUUCCUUCGCUCCAGUAUGGAUGGAUUAAGGAAGGAGAAGAAGCCAAGAAAGAGAGUAAAAAGCAAAAAGGCUACUCAAUAAUUAUUAGCUAAACUGCUUAGCAAUUUAUACAUUAUAUUUAUAUGUGAGGUUGAUAGGAAGGUUGCCAUGCCUGUUAAGGUUGGGUGCACUGAGGGAAAUUUCCUUUAUUUUCACGCCAUCACUAUGCUAUAAAAUAAGCAAUUGCAACUAUGCUGCUAAAGUACCUUCAAUGUUUUUGUAUUUUUGUUGCUUGAUUUGUUUCAU